CUGACUCACGCUGUGAGAUGAUCCAGUCUCGUCUGGACAUCUUCCUGUUCGCUGAUGUUUUCUUCGUGGAUUUUUACCUUCUGUCUGUGCUGGACUCUGGUUCACGGUGGCCUCCAUCUGAUUGGUUCCUCUCAGCCAAUCGUAGCUGCUCCUGGAGAUGAYGUCAUCCUGCCGUGUCGGAUGGAUCCUGAGUGGAACGCCGUGGGGAAGACRGUGGAGUGGUCCCGACCGGACCUGAGGCCGUCCGGCCCUCAGAAGCGUGUGGAGUACGUGUUCGUGUACCGCUUCAGGAAGACGGACCGAGACAUGAUGAUGGACACGUACAUCCAGAGGACGUCUCUGUCCCAGGACGGCCUGAGGCGAGGAGACGUGUCUCUGACCAUCAGGAACGUCAGCCUGCAGGACCAGGGCAGGUUCCGAUGCUUCAUCCCUCGCCUCGGGAUAGAAGCAGAACUUCUGCUUGUYGUUGAUCCAAACUUUGUUUCAACGACGACGACAGAAACGGUUCCUGGCAGAAACUUCAUCAUUCCGACGCCACAGGAGGAAACCAGCAGGAGCGGUUGGGUCAGAUUCCAUCUUUGCCUAGUUGUUUUUUCCUUCUUCAUCAUUUGUCUGGGUCUAGUUUCCGUUUGCGUCAUUAGAAAAUGGCAACAAAUACAGAAAUAAAGGCCUCAGUACUUCCUGUCUUGCACAGUCAACAGCCUGCUGAUCACCAGGUUGGUCACUCGGUCACAAGUCGGCCAUGUGUUGAUGCUGAUGGCAGGAACUUCCUUCCUGUAGAGGUCAGCAGGUCGACCUCAUCAUCACCGCGGCUUCAUCUGGAGCCUCAUUUGACGGGACAGGAUCAGGUUCUCCAAUCAUCUGAUGUUCAUUGUAUUGUUAAAAGACACAGAAAAAGCAGCAAGUAGAUUUAAAGACCUGGGAGUUUAAGUCGUUUAUUAUUACUGUGAAUAAAAUCUUUAAUGAAAGGAAUAACUGAAGUUAUUAAAGGGAAUAAAUACGUUUUUUAAURUAACAUCGGGUUUUGUUUAGAAACCUGAACCUGUUUGUGUUUCUCUGUGUGAAAGUUCAGGGUUUGAAAACAUUUUCAGUGUUAAAUCUGAUAAAAUAAGUGAAUGGAGCAGCGGCUGAAGCUGCAGCGCCUCAGAUAUGACCGGCAUCAGAGCCACGCCUCACACUGAAAAUAAAAACCAAACGCCGUUUUUAUUCAAUGUCAGCAGCCGACUUUAUAUUUCCGACCUCUUUGAAUGUUUUACUGCUUCAACUUGAUAAUAAAUGUUCAAUUUCUGAGAUUUUAAGUCAGAAAAAAUCUGUAUUAUCCCAGGAUUUUUAUUUAUUUAAC